CCCUUUCUUGAAAGUUCUGCAUGGCGCCAGCUAGUACAAAUUACAAAUUCAAUCCUGGUAUUCCAGAUUGAAGCUUCUUCAGCAGAAGCCAUUCCGCGUUCCUUCUUCCUCAAUUUGUCAUGGCAUGCAGUGCCGCCCUUGGUGGGAGCGGCCUCUUUACAGCAUCUCUGCAGCGAGCGUGCGGGGCGAUUCCUCUGCAAAGCACCCGCUCGAGCUUUCUUUACUGCCCAGCAUUGCUCUUCCGCAACAAUCUCCCCUGCUCCAGUUGCAGACCACUCGCUGGGAUUGCAAGUGCUAAGCACGACCCUAUUUUGCACCAGUUUGCAAAUAAGAGGGACGUCAGGUCUAGUGCUGUGAGCAGCGAGGCAGCGCCACUUGUUGCGAUGGGAGUGGAGACCGACCAGCAUGGCCCUGGGGAAACCCUCAGGAAACUCGAGGAACUAGAGUGGGACAACUCUUUUGUGCGGGAGCUCCCUGCGGACCCGAGCCGGAAUGGGCCGAUUCGGCAGGUCCGAAAAGCGCUAUUUAGUUACGUGGAACCGCAGGCAGACGUGAAGGAACCAGCCAUGGUUGCGUAUUCAGACGACGCGGCGAAAGAACUCCUGGGUUUGGAUCCGGAAGAGCUAGAGCGACCAGAGGCCCCGCUUAUCUUCUCUGGAGCCGCUCGCAUGGAAGGGUCCGUCACCUACGCCCAAAACUACGGCGGCCAUCAGUUUGGUUCCUGGGCGGGCCAGCUUGGCGACGGGCGCGCGAUUACGCUCGGCGAACUUUUGAACCCCCGGGGGGAGCGCUGGGAGCUGCAACUGAAGGGCGCCGGAAAGACGCCCUACAGCCGGCACGCGGACGGGCAAGCGGUGCUCCGCAGCUCGGUCCGCGAGUUCCUCUGCAGCGAGACGAUGCAUGGGCUCGGCGUGCCAACCACUCGCGCGCUAACACUUGUCACUACCGGGCGCGGCGUCUGGCGCGACAUGUUCUACGACGGGGAUCCGAAGCAGGAGCCGGGCGCAGUCGUCUGCCGUAUCGCGCCGUCGUUUGUCCGCUUUGGAACGUUCCAGCUGCCCGCGAGCCGGGGCGAGGCCGAGCGGCCGCUCGUGAAGCAGCUCGCGGAUUACGUCAUCAAGCAUCAUUACCCGCAUCUAGAGCGGGGGGAAGCGGCCGAGCGGGAUGCGGGGGCGGAGGCGAGUAGCUCGGGGGAAGGUGCACCGGCGGGGGGGUAUAACAAGUACGGGGCGCUGUUCAAGGAGGUGGCGGAGCGGACGGCACGGCUGGCUGCCAAGUGGCAGGGGGUCGGCUUUGCGCAUGGGGUUCUCAACACGGACAACAUGAGCAUCCUGGGCCUGACGAUCGACUACGGGCCGUUUGCCUUCGUCGACGCUUUCGACGACCAGUUUACGCCCAACACAAGCGACCCGACGCGGCGCUACGCAUUCGGCAACCAGCCUGACGUCAUCCUAUGGAACAUGGUGCAGUUGGCGAACGCGUUCAUUGAAGGGGAGCUUCUCACCACCCCCGAGGCGCAAGAGCUGCUCCCUGCUUACCCGCUCGCGUUCGGAACCGAGUACCGGGCACUCAUGGCCGCCAAGAUGGGACUCCCCGAGUACGAUGCCGAUCUCACGACCACCAUGUUCCAGCUCAUGAAACGUGACUCGGUAGAUUUCACCAACCACUUCCGGGCGCUUGGUGACGUCACUACCGGGCUGGAUGAGCAAAGCGCGUCCGAGGAGGAGCUGCUGGCGCCGCUCGAGGGAGUGCUCGGGAGGAGCGAGAAGCGGUCGGACUGGGCGGACUGGAUGCGGGCGUAUCUGGGGAAGCUGAAGGACGCCGGUGACUCUGACUCGGAUCGCAAGAAGGCCAUGAACCGGGUCAACCCGCGGUACGUACUGCGCAACUACAUGCUGCAGAACGCGAUCGCCGCGGCAGAGACGGGCGACUACGGCGAGGUGCGGACGCUGCUGCGCCUUAUGCGGACGCCAUACGAAGACCAGCCGGGAAUGGAGAGGUAUGCAGCCCUUCCCCCCUCCUGGUCCACGAAGCGCGGAGUCUGCCAGCUUUCCUGCUCCUCUUGAUUACUACCGAGCCCGUCCGUUACGGUCGUGCAUCUAGUUGUUACUUGGAACAUGGCUGAGCAAUUUCGAUGACCAGAGAUUUGUACUUGCUCGCAUUGGUAUGCAUCAGUGUAGGGUGCAAGCAUCUAAGAGUAGGCGUGCACUUAGGGCAGUCGUGCUCAUGAGCUCAUGAUAUCCACGAUAGAGUUCCAUAUCAUUCUCAGGAUCCUCUGAAUGUAAACGCCGUAUAGCCCAGCCACACCAAUUGAUUCACGUGCGCAUCGUGAAUUAUACAGGUCCGUCAUUGGCACACAUGUGGAAACUUCAUAUCUAUGUAGUGGGUUAAUUCACGAUGCGCACGUGAAUCAAAGAACGGCUAUAGGCCAUCAUUGUUGAG